CUCACGCGAACCUAUCAGUUCGCCAUUGCGGCACGUGUGGUGGCGCGUUGUAGAGGUUUUUGUUUGUAAGAAAUGGGGAUAUGGGAGGGGGAGCGGACCCUGUUCCUCAUUCCCUCCCACGCUCCAUCUCAUUCUUUCCUCCCUACAAUUACCUCCUUCCCUCCUUCCCCUUCCCCUUCCCCUCGUCAUCAUCGUUGCCGCGUGCUCCCUCAGAGGUUAUCCGGUGGUUCCUGGAGUCCGACGAGGACAGCGUGCUCGAGGUGCUCCGGCUCGUUGGCAAGCAGAGGCGAUCCUUGGUCAUGAAGGUGGCGGAGGAGAUGCAGCCGAGCAUGUCCAACGGCUCCCACGACGACGGCUUGGAAGGCCUCAAGGGCAGAUUUGGCAGGUACGACCACCAGCUGGAGAUGGCGAGGACCGCCCCGGUGCUCAAGUUCGCCGCCCCGAUCUUCUUCUGCGGCAAGAGGGAGAAGCAGGUUGAACUCAGCGUACUGCGCAUCGGAGACUGCUCUAUGCCGACCGAGGUGGACUACUCCACCAGGGAUGCCACCGCCAAGGCGGGCCUGAAAUACGAGGCGACCAGAGGUCGACUGAAGUUUGUUCCCGGGGAGACCCACAAGACGUUCAACGUCAGGCUGAUCGCUGACGACAGCUGGGCACCCCUGCAGGAGUUUUUGGUGGAGCUCCUGUUGAGCAACUCGCAGAAUGCAUGCCUGGAGGAUUUCGGUCGCAUGGUUCCAGUGAAGGUGAUCGACUCCGAUUAUUUUCCCUCCGGUAAGCACACGGCCGAGAACGGCGACUUGGAAGACCGAGGUGACGACGCGCCAGCAGAAGGUGACGACGCUGUGCUGCUCAUCGAUUACUUCAAGCUGAACCUCAGGCAACCGUUGAUUUUCAGAGCGACGGCCAAGCUGCUGCUGGUGGAGUUGGCCCGGAGCGUUAUUUUUAUCAUUGGACUGUUCAUGCAAGUUUUCAUGGUUGACUACAUCCUGAAUGACGAGG